AGGAAGCAGAAAACUACAGAUUGAGCUCCACUGAGUCUCCGCUCCGUGUGUUCGCCACCAUGCAGAAUAAGGAAAAUGACCCCAGGGGCUUCCAAAGACAGUUUGCUACCCCGAACAUGGUCGGGCCACAGCGUGUUCUGGUGAAGCCUCGAGCAGAAGCAGACAAAAGUGCAAUCACAGGCCCUGGGAGAGAGUGUGUUGGCCCAUCCUCCAGUUUAACUUCAAGGAAAGUCACCAUUGAUGACUUUGACAUUGGUCGACCACUGGGGAAGGGCAAGUUCGGAAAUGUCUACCUUGCAAGAGUAAAGAAGCUGCAGGCCAUCGUUGCACUGAAGGUGUUGUUCAAGUCCCAGAUGGAGAAGGAGGGGGUGGAGCAUCAACUCAGGAGGGAGAUCGAGAUUCAAGCUCAUCUCAAGCACCCGAACAUCCUGCGCUUCUACAAUUAUUUCCAUGACCGCACGAGGGUUUUCUUAGUACUUGAGUAUGCCCCACGUGGAGAAAUGUACAAAGAGCUGCAGAGAUGUGGAAGAUUUGAUGACCAGCGCACCGCCACAUACAUGGAGGAGAUAGCUGAUGCUUUACUGUACUGCCAUGAGAGGAAAGUGAUUCAUCGUGACAUCAAGCCAGAGAACCUGCUUCUCGGCUAUCGUGGGGAGCUGAAAAUUGCCGACUUUGGUUGGUCUGUUCACGCACCUUCUCUAAGACGCCGCACCAUGUGUGGGACACUGGAUUACCUCCCCCCAGAGAUGAUUGAGGGCCACACCCACAGUGAGAAGGUGGAUCUGUGGUGCAUUGGGGUCCUCUGCUAUGAAUGCCUUGUGGGCAACCCCCCGUUUGAAACCGCCAGCCAUUCAGACACAUACAAAAGAAUCAUGAAGGUGGAUUUGAAAUUCCCCAAGAUUGUCUCAGACGGUGCCCGGGACCUGAUCUCCAAGCUGCUUCGCCACAACCCCACCGACCGCCUCUCACUACAGAGCGUCAUCGACCAUCCAUGGGUGCGCGCCAACUCCCACCGGCUCCUUCCCCCGUCCUACCCUUCCAAGAAAUCCUGAGUCCACCUGGCCAGCCAUCGUACCUCCCUCUGAGGGGUGUUUUAUAUCCUCCACAAGAGACUCUGGGGCGGCACCUUUUGACUUCACUGCCAUGGGCUUUAAACUGCCAUUAUUCUGGCACAUUUUAUGAUGCCGACUUUUUAUGUUGUACAGUGUGGUGUUAUUAUCUAUGUCUAGUACUUUGCCUCAGAGGUGUUUGUUAUUUUUAUUAUCAAAUCUUUUCUGCUCCUUUUUUAAAAAUGAAAAGCUCUGUUUUGGAUUUCUGUAUCUGAUGGUGCUUACUCCAAAGUGCUGUUAAACCGCCUGCCUCAUGCUGAAUAUAUUCUCUAAUAGUUAAAGAUGUGUACUGAGGGAUUGGGUGGAAAGUGUGCUUUGUU